AUGUCGUCACUAAAAUGGUUCGAAGGCGAUUCCAAAGCAGCACUACAACAAAUGACGGACCGAAAUUGCGCGUUUUUGAUGUAUAUAGGAAAUGGAAAUGAUGAUCUUACCAAGAUUUUUGAUGAUACAAAUAUAAUUCAACUGCUGAAUAAUGAACUCAUUUUAUGUUAUAAAAUGGAUCCACUAAGCCCAAGUUUUAAAAACUUUAAAGAUAUUUUCAAUAAUGUGGUUAUUCCAUCAAUUUAUUUACUAGAAAAAAAUAAUACUCAACAAUAUAUCAUAAACAAUAAACAAGUCUUAACAAAUUCCCAUGAUAUUCAUCUGGAUUUAAAACGUCAAUUGUUGAAUGCUAUUUGUUGUAUUAUAAAAGAUAUUUCCGACACAAUCAAUGUUGAUGACAAAAAGCAGGAAUAUUUACAAUACUUGACUGAUAUUUCUAAAAAGUUGCCGCUCUUUGAUAGUUCUAAUAUAAAUGCUGGUGUCCAAAAAGUUGCAGAAGAAAUUAAAAAAUCCAAUGGUAUUGCAAAAAUUAAAUUCAAAGUUCCGUUUAAAGAUAUUACAAUAGUCAAAGAAUUUCAAACAACUUCUACACUCAAUGAUAUUGCAACUUAUAUAUUAUGUCAAUUAAAUCUCUCAAGAAGAGGCAUAAAAUUUAUUGCUCAUCGACAAUUUACUAGUGAAGAUUUCAACCAGACAUUAGAAGCAUUACAUUUAUGUCCAUCAUCAACUAUUUAUGUACAUUUGGAUAUGGAACAAUCAAAUCAAUGGCUGUAUUCCAUACUCAAUUAUCAAUCUUGGCUUGGAGUACUUAAUUUUAUCAUUAUCAAUCCAUUUAAUUUUAUUCAACAUUUUUUAAUAAGUUUUGUGAGACCAUCACCAUCUGUUGAAGCUUCAAGAACGAUUAAUCAUCAAAAUAAAAAUAAAAAACAAACUGUCAAAAAGACAACGUAUAAAUCAUCUAAUAUCCACCAAUUGAAUACCAACAACUCUGAUGAUGAUGAAAACAACACAUACAAUGGAAACUCUACACAACAAUUGUAA